GCCUCCCCCCCUCCCCCCCUCCCCUUCCGACGUGGGGGCCCGCCAUUGAACCCCCCCCUCCCCCAUCAUCCACCUCAGCACCACAGGUGAGGAGGGGGGAAAAAUCGAGAGAAUUCGACGGCGGAUGGUGACAACAUGAAACCCUAACUUCAAGAGGCAAGAUUAAGAAAGAAGCUUUCAAUGGUCUCCUAUCAGAACUCUCCUGAAAUUGUUUCAUCACUCAAUUGCCAGUGUUGACGGUGGUCUCUUGGACUGUUGUAUCUUGGAGGAGAGGGAGCUGGUGGAAAAGAGAAUAUUGGAUCGCCCAAAAAUGUUUGGACAGAAAAGACACCGACUCCUACAAAGUCGGUAAUCUUACUAUCCAAGUUGAAAACAUGUGACGUUCUUCUGACAGUUGGGAGCCAGAGAGAGAGAGACAGACUGAUAAUCGUGCAGGCUUGCGAUCAUGAUGUUUCGGGAUCAAGUUGGUGUGCUAGCUGGGUGGUUUAAAGGAUGGAAUGAAUGUGAGCAGACAGUAGCCCUGUUAUCUCUGUUGAAGAGGGUCAGUCGGACCCAGGCUCGCUUUCUUCAGAUCUGCUUGGAGCAUUCGCUGGCCGACUGCACUGACAUCCACAUACUAGAAGGUGAAGCCAAUGAUGCUGCUUUCAUCAGCCAAUGGCAUCAGGAUCCAAAGGAAAAGGUUGUUCUACAAUUGCUUUCCCAUCUUCCUUUACUUCAGCCUGGGAAUGUGGAGGCAAAGUCGGAAUAUAUGAAACUGCUCCAAAAGGUGUUGGCCUAUUCCAUCGAUAGCAAUCUCUUCAUCGAAGAGAGUAGACAGCUGUUAUCCUAUGCACUAAUCCAUCCUGCCACAUCACUGGAUGACCGGAGCUCUCUAGCCUUAUGGCUAACCCACUUGGAGGAACGCAUUUCAACCAACUACAGUUCACAAAAUGUGAGCCCAGCAGACUCUAUUUACACAGGAGUGUACAACCAAAAUCAAAGGCAGAAUGUUGAAGACAAGCUAAAUGAAUGGCAGAGUCGAGCAGACAGUGGCAUGUGCAUAACUGUCCCUGCUUGGCAGGACAAGCCAAUGACUUGUGAGAAUGGACAUUUGCCUCUGCAUACAUCUGCAUCGGUGCCAUCUGCUAUCAACAACAUUGGAAGCAAUGCAAGUACAGUUCUCCAAGGCCAAACUCAAACCAACCACAGUCCUCUCAAGCGCUCAGUUUCCCUCACCCCACCAAUCAAUAUGACAAACCAGUCUGCAGUCAGCGAGUGGAUGUCUCCAGAUGAAUUACGUACCAGAGCCGUCUACGCCCCAUCAGACCAUGCACCCCUCUCCCCGCAGAGCAGUAUAGCCUCUUCUGGGAGUGGUGGCAGUGAGCAGACUGAAGAACAAGGGUCAAAUCGCAAUACAUUUCAGGAGGAGGGGAGUGGCAUGAAAGACGUGCCCACUUGGUUAAAAAGUCUUCGGCUACACAAGUAUGCAUCCCUCUUCUCUCAGCUAACCUAUGAGGAGAUGAUGACCCUGACCGAACACCAGCUAGAAUCUCAGAAUGUCACAAAGGGAGCACGGCAUAAAAUAGCCUUGAGCAUUCAGAAGUUACGUGAGCGACAGGGUGUGCUGAAAUCCUUAGAAAAGGACAUUCUCGAGGGAGGAAAUCUUCGCAAUGCUCUUCAGGAGCUGCAGCAGAUAAUUAUAACACCAAUCAAGGCUUAUACAACACCUCAAAUGACCCCCAAAGAGGGUCAUGAGACAGACCCCAAUAACUCCUGCAAUACUAUACCUGGACUGGGCACAGACAGUCGAACAACCAAAGCAGCUGCCGAGAAGGAUUCUACGUCUGAUGGCUUUCAGACCCAGGGCGUGUCAACGUGCGAUGGAGAGUCAGCCGCAGCUCCUGUAUCUGAAGGUGAUAUUCCUGGACAGUUCACCAGAGUCAUGGGAAAAGUUUGCACUCAGCUGCUGGUGUCCAGACCAGAUGAAGAAAAUAUAAGCUCUUACUUGCAGCUCCUAGAGAAGUGCCUGGCUCAUGAGGCUUUUACCGAAACACAGAAGAAAAGACUAUUCUCAUGGAAGCAGCAAGUGUUUAAGCUGCUGAGGUCUUUUCCUAGGAAGGCCUUGCUAGAAAUGCCAGGCGUUCGCCAGAGAAGCUGGGGUUUCAGUCAGUCGAGUUCCCUUCCCACAGCCGGCUCUGUGGUUGGCGGACUAGGCAGGCGAGGCCAACGGCCAUUCCAGGUGCCUCCACGGGGUCUGUCUGCAAACCGCAUGGGUCUGAUUGGCACUUCAGCUGCUAGUCUGGGUGGUGUUUCUCCAAGGCAUACGCUUAAUCCAUUGACAAGUCAAGGGAGGCAGAACCUAUGGUUUGCGAACCCAGGUGGCAGUAAUAGCAUGCCAAGUCAAAGUCGCAGUUCUGUGCAACGGACAUACUCACUACCUGUGCAUACCUCCCCACAGGCCAUCCUGAUGUUCCAGCAGCCAGAAUGCCAAGUGCCAGUAACAGAACCUGAGAUUAAUACCAGACUAGAAUCUCUGUGUCUCAGUAUGACCGAGCACGCCUUAGGAGAUGGAGUGGACAAGACAUCAACUAUUUAGUACGCUGUACUUAGCUUGUGAACACUUAAUGAAAGACUGACAUUACACAGCAGCUGCAGGAAAUGCCACUGAAGUUUGAGGGUCACUACACCUUAAAAUGUAUAUCUUCGCUGAUCUUUAUUUAACCUUCGGGGAAAUAGACCGAUUACCAAACUACUUCCGGUCCAUUUUCCAGUAUAUUUUUGUUUUAAUGUUUUUUUUUUCAGUACCCAACUGGUAAAAGGUUCUGAACCGGUACAAAUAAAUCAUAUAGUUCAAAUUUUAAUUUAAAUAAAACUGGGAACUACAAUAAAAUUAGUGAUUGACAGUGUAAGGUGGUGAGCAGUGCUCAUGACAGGAAGAACGGAGACGGGAACUCUUGAUUGAUAUUACAAUGGUCUUAACAGAAACCUGUACAUGCUGUACUGUCAUGCAGGUCUGGUACCCAGUGUAGACAGUACUAGGCAGUAGUACAGGUCUGGCUUUUGCAUCUGUCUAUCACUAAUUUAACCUAAAGUCUCUGGUCAACUGUCAGUGAUGCAUACAACUUAACCAUUAAAGUUUUAGAAUAUGUAAAAGAGGUAUUCUGUUCUGAAGCCCACAUUACUUUUAAAAACAAAAAUCGUUAUCCAGUGUGCUCUAACUGCCUUCAGUUAACCGGCUGCAAGGAGAAUUAAUCACUGUGGUAAAUAAAAUGAGGAAACAAUUGACCUUUUUUAUCUGAUGUUAUAGUGUUGCUAAUAUUCAUCUGCAUAUUUAUGCUUGUAUUGACAGCAGAAAUAGAUCUGUGAACAGCUACCGCAUAGCACAGUUUUGACUAAAUUCUCUCCCUUGUCGCUUUGUUCUCCCUUCAUGGUUGAUCUAGUUUGGUUUCAUAAAUAUUGAUGUAUUAUAGGAGGCAUUUCACAAUGAAGUUCCCCUACUCCCACCUUUUUUUCAAACUUAUCAGGGUUCUUGAAGGAGUCUUGAUGCCUUUCACUUAGGCUGUGGGUAAUUUCUUUUUUGUUUGUUUUGAAAUUUCAUGGAUAUCAACUCUAUUUUGGGAAUUUGGACCAAUGUGAUCACACUGACUUCCAGAACACUGGCAAUGAGUUGAAGUGUUUGAGGUGGCAGGAGGAGUUCAAAAUGGCAGUUGGCUCUUCCAGUGGGAUUACUACUCUUGUCUGGAUUUAGAGAAAUUUCACAGAAAUAAAAGACCUUAAAGUUUUGUUGAAGCAACACCUGUGAGCAAACAGACCGUCUAAAAUACCCUCUAGGAGCUGGCAUUUCCAAUGCUUAGCCUGCUUAAACUAAGGGAAUGUCUUUGAUAUUGGAUCCUGACUAUUAAAAAUUAGGAUCUGAUUUUCUUGACCGCUGAAGAAUAAACUGGAAAUUGGCCCUUCCCUCAACCUCCUCCACUAUAAUGUCCACCUUCAUCACUGUGAGCUUAUGAACCCAGAGUAGAACAUAGCAAAAAAAAAGUUUAGUCUUGUACCAGAACAGUUGAGAAUCUUGCUGCAGAAAUUCUGGGAUUAAACCUGUCACUCACCCAUUUCAGCAAGCCCUGCUCUGGGAUUAAACCUGUCACUCACCCAUUUCAGCAAGCUCUGCUCCGUGUCUUAGGAUGGAAUUCAGGGUCUGUCCUGAUGCUUUACGUCUAACAUGAAUUUUGCCAAAUUGGCAAAAUCUAGACCAGCAAAUGAGUUGGUGGGAGGGGCAGGGGAGAAGAGCUUAUGAAUCUAGUUUUGCUGCAGGGCACUCCAGUUUUAUUCCUGAUCAGUGACAUGGCAGGAAUUUAAACACCAAAUAAAUCUGAGGGAUCAGACAGUCUCACUAAGACUUUGUACUGAUAAUUCCGUUUUUUUUUGGUUGUUCGUGCUGCCCGUGAACAGAAAUCUUUUGUAGCCAAAUGGUGAGACACUGGUGUUUGACUUUUUCAAGCAUGUUUGCAUUUCAUGUUGCUUUCAUUUGACAGGGAAUAUAUAAACUUAUAAAUGCAGGCAAAUUGCACAAACAACAAUCUCCUGCCUCCAAUUGGAGACACUUGUUUGGGGGUGGAAAAGAAACAGUCUCUUUCUUCAUUCAUCCAAAUGCAAUAUUGACAGCAAAAAACUCUUUUUCUGCAUUUUUGUAAUGUGGUGUGUUCAGAACACAAUAUUUCUUCUUGUAAUGAUGCAAGAAAGGUAACCUUAUUUUUUUUGAAAAACUUAACUAAGGAAGCGAGAAGUUAGGGAGAUGUGUAUUUGUGUAACCCUCCCUGAUCGCUUACAGUUGCAUUUAAAGAGAAUUCAUAGGUCAUAAUUUUCUAGCAUGAGGCACAGAAUGGGAGGGGGGAGGGGAUGUGUAUGUUCAAAGAAGGAAGGUUUCAUGUAUAUAGUAAAUGUAUGUAUGGAAAAGUGAGAUUAAUUCUCAAAAGGGUAUCAGUUAUAUAAGGGUCUGUUUAUAUGAAUCACAUUUUGUUUUUUGGAGUCUUGUGGCUUCAGCAAAGAAGUUUUAUGUGUUUACAUUUUAGGAGGGGGACAUGCACAACACAUGCAUGACUUUAAAUGACUUUGGAUAUCAUAAUGAUCCUGUCGCACUGACCAAUAGACAUGUUCUCAACUUGCCUCAGUGCUGUUCCAGCUGCCAUCGUCUUGAAGAGGCGAGCACAGGGGUAGGAAAACCAGCGCCCACUCCCAGAGCAGACUCUAAAAGAACAAAGAAUUUGAUUGUCCCAUGCAAGGAAUCACCUGUACUCAUAAAUUCUCUUCCUUUUUGCAUAAUUGUUUUGUCCGUUUCUCAGUACAGAUGCUGAGUGGCUGCCCUAAUUAAAGUAGGGGUAUAAGGCAGCUGAUCAUCCUGUUCAUGAAAAGAAUGGAAGUGAACCUUUCCUAGUCACCUAAUUCCUUGUUCUAAGAACAUGAAAACCCAAAUUCUAGUGACAAGAUAGAAGAAGAUAGAGGCAAGUACCUGAGAAGUACUUUCCACAGGAUCCAACUGGAAAAAUAAUUUGUUCAGCAUGUUAUUUUACACAAUUAGAAAUCCCUGUUGAGAUUUGUGCCCAUGAUUUUUGCAACUUCUGCAUGAAAUUUACUUUAACAACUCCUACCUUACAGCUGCAGGAAAAAUAUUCUUUUUAAAAAAAGAUUUCUACAAAAGCCAUGGGUACGUUCUAAAACUGGGUGCCUUGUAUGCCAAGUUGGCUGAUUGACCUAACUGCUGGCAUUUAACUCUGUGUGAGAUUUAUCCAGGCUCUGAAGGGAAGGUAAAAUGAGGGUGGUCUUUCCAUUCCAAAAUACAUGAUAGUUUCCUGCUCCUUAUGUGCCUUCAGAAUGCAAGGGUUAAUAUUUCUAACUCCUUUAUCGUUUUUGCUUUUGAAAUACAGCAACCUGUCCCUUAUAGUUUAUAGUUUUAUAAUUCAUAAAAUGAUGUCCCUAGAUGUGUUUUGCAUCACUUGUUUGAACACUGCUGCAGAACAUGGUUCAUUAUUGCACUUUGCUCAAUGUGCUGGCCAUUUCUGUUACUGAGCUGUGGGGAGACUGGCUUUGUUUUUGCUUGCAAGGUUUCCCUGGCCCUUUCAGAGGCUACAGUUUCAUAUACUGUCUCUAAAAACAGUUUAUGACUGCAGCUAAGCACUGAAAUUGCCAUCUGUUUAUGUUGCUUGGUGUCAUGGGUGCUAAAUUGUCAGUGGAAAACCAAGACUUGUCACCAUCUAGACUUUUUUUAAAAUACGAUCUGAUAAAUUUAAGUCAGGCUUGAAUUUUCAACUUCCAUCAACCUUUACAAAGUUGGGUGCAAAGUGUGGUGAUGAGAGACCAAUAUGGAGUCUCCAGAAUGUGAUUAUUUUCCAACUGUGUGUAGAGGUGAUAGAUAAAUUGUUAUGCCAUCUAGGUAGGAGGCACUGUUAUAUAGUAAACUUUUUUUAUAAUCUCUUCCCUUUUAAAGCUGUUUGCUUCUCAAUUAGCUGGAAUGUGCACCCCUGCCUCGGCCCCACAUUGUACUUGUACAAAUGCAGUGAAGCAGUCUAAUACUUGGCCCUUUUGAGUUGUCAUUUUUUUAAUAUAUUUUCUAAGCCCCAACCCAAUUCUGUCCCUCUUCCUAUUCAACUGAACUCUGAAACCAUUUGGAGCCCUGCCAUUAAUGCAUGGUGAGAUUGCAAAGUUCACUCCCUAAAGGAUAUUUCUGCAGUGUUGGUAAAAGGCUGACGUAUGACUAAGUGGAGAACAAUGUCACGAGCUACAUUAUCCAUCAUUUUUUGCUAAAAUUAAAUGACAUAAAAAUGUAGAUAUGCCCCAAAAGUCAUUGUGUAAAUUCUUAUGAAUCUUCUGUUAAAUAUACAUUUUGCCUAUUGGAUUUAGUGGAUUUUCAGACUAUUGAUUGGUAUCAGUGUUGCAAGUGCUGCAGGGACUGUAAGUCCAGAUGAGUUGAAUGUUUAAAUAUUUUUCCCCUUCCUGGAGAAGUCUCGUUUUUUUCGCAGCAGCCCAGGUAGUGAGGGGAAGGGAAGGGGAACUUUGUAUGUAUUGCAUGGAGCUGGAAUAUCAGAGGACAUGUUAGUAAUUAACUCACCCUGAUCUUCCUUUUCACUCCCACCCCAGCCAUGAAAGACUGCAGAAUGCAUAAACAUUCUGCAUCGCUGUUCCAUUAGAAUUUUUUAAAAGCAAAAAAUAUACUAAUUUUAAACAUUGGGGCCUAAUGAACAAUUGAUUUGCUUUCCUGAGAACAAUUCCUGUUAUAAAAUAAUUUUGAAUCAUUUCUGUUAUUCACAGUACAAUGUCAACUUGAUUUAAAUUUAAAAUGCAGAUCGUAACUCAUAAGUAUACCUUUCACAGCAGUCUGGUAAAUCUCACACUGAGCAUCUUCAGAAUGCAGUUCUGCAGAAGUUUCAAUUUGCUGUCUGUGUCUUUUAGUAUUCAGCCAAUGCAACAAGGCAGUCGUUUAAUGUCAAGCCAUUUAAGGAAUCUUCCCUGUCCUUUCCUUUAGACCAAGUAAAACGAGAUUAGGGUUUUAUAAAUAUCCCACUUUACCACCCUUGAGUGUAUUGGUCUGUUUAAGAGAUUUCUUUUUUGGUAUCAACAGUUGUACAGCUGCCCAGGGCAUUGCCAUAGCAACAAUUUCCUGUUUGAGAAUAACACUUGAAAUUAGAGGCUUGAACUGGGUAUAGAGGGGCAGGCUCCCCUGUAAGGCUCAACCCAGUUCCUAUUCAGACAUCUGCCCACUGUAUGAUGCAGCCUGGUAUAUUUUGUGAGUGUUGAGUGUUUAUGUGAGGUAUAUAUUGCACCACCAUCUGGGUAAAUUGACAAAAGAAACGAACGGCCACUUCAAUCUGUUUCCAUUCCAGACCUUGAGUGGAUAAUUUAUGGUAGCAAUUACACUAUUUAACUGACCCAUUAAUAGGUAAUAUUCAUUUAUAAAAAUGCAGACUGACUCAGAGCAUGUAAAAUAAAGCUUGUUACAGGCCCUGAUGCGA